AUUCAACCUUGCUCUGUCAUGGGAAACAAUGUUUGGAGAAGCUUGGUUUUAUUCUCUACUUUACUGGUUAUUUGCACUGGUGGUAGUGUUCCCACCAGAUGAAAUGGUAUCUGCAGGGCUGACCAUUGAAACUGUUUUUGGAUCAUGGUUGGGCAGUCAGCUAACAGCUUUUAUCCAAUAUCAUAUAAGGAGAACAGCUGUCACACUCAUGAUGCACACACUACUGUUUACAGGUUAUAUACUGAUGCUUGUGAAGAUUGAACCUUCACUUGUACAAUGGGCAACUACUCAUAUUCAUCCUCAUACCACUUCAAUAGCAGUUAUAUUCUCACUAGUCCCAACUAUUAUAGCAGCUUUGAUAGUUGCACAUUGGCGGCAAGACAACUGGCGGCACCAUCCCUUAAGCCGCACAUUGGCCCUGUAUGGCCAGGGAAAUACAGUAUCACCCAAUGCAUGGAUAUCCAUAGCUUCUGAUGUUAACAUUGAGUUCCGAAGGAUAGACAAGUUCAGCACAAAAGCCAAUAGUGUAUGUCGAGUGAUUGCCACUGAUAGCUGGUUAAUAAAGGUAACAGCCUACAAAGUCUUCUUGAUACAUCAUCAUGAUGCAGUUUUAUCCUUAGAGAGUAGCAUCAACAACCAACUUGCUCAGAACAGUGCCAUGGACACACAGUUACUGAACAUCAGAGUUUCAUCCAUUAAGGAAGGGAUAGCAUCAUUCUAUGUGAGAUUGAAUUCCUUGGAAUAUAUGGAUUUGGAGCGUAAAAUUGUCAACCCUGUGGUAAAUGUAAGACAAGUUGUAGUGCAGCAAAGCCUUUCUGACCGCUUUUUUGAAGCCUUUCUUGAAACUGUAAAUUCAAAUCCUCAAGUCAUGCAAAUUCAUGAAGCAACGCUGUGCAUUGGUUGUAUGGAGAUGCCAGCUAAUGUGAAAUUACAGCGUCUAUGUGGAAUGGUAGAUAAUGGAACAGGAAGUGCAUGUGUUUCCUGUUUCUGCCGACCUAUGUGGUGUAUAUCAUGUUUAAGUAAAUGGUUUGCUGCACGACAAGAUCAGAGCCACCCAGAAUCAUGGCUAUCUUCAAGAGCUCCCUGUCCAACUUGCCGUUCAACAUUUUGCCUUUUUGAUGUCUGCAUAAAAUCUGAUCGCUGAGAAAGGAAUAUAUACCUCCUUACAUUCUCUUUCACUUUCAUUUUUUUCCUCUCUCCUUACUAACUCUCACACCUUCAUAACUUCCUCUCCUUACCAACUUCAUCUUCCCCCUUCAUUUUUUCUUCUAACCUAUUACUUCCAGGCAUGCCCUUACCUGGAGUAUGCCUGCAGAGAGUU